AUGGGAAGCUCAUCGAAAUCUUCUAUUCUAGAAUACGCUCGAUUUUACGGCAUCGCUAGCGACUUCACAGCGAUCGAUCCCCACACCUACAUCGACGAUACUUGCAAAAUCCCCACGCCCGAGCCACAGCCCAGCCCUGUCAUCGAACAAUUACAAAACGCCCAACAAGCCAUCACACAAGCCUUGCUCAAAGAGAAGCUGGACAUCAAGAAAGAAGGCGCUCGUCUCCUGUCAACCGUGAUACGAGAUGCAAGUGUUCGGACAGAGGACAUCAAUUGGACCGACGUUUUGCCGGCAUUCGAUCGGAUUGAAAGACUUCAGGUGGAAACGCCCAUUUUCCCUGCAGAGCAUGACACAAACACGAUGCUUUCUCAGAGGAGCUCACGCUACGACGGAGAUAUCCAAUUAGAACCGCUCGAGGAGCCUCUGUCAGCUGCAAUCCUUCCAAGCCACUUUUCAGACCUUAUAGAUGACGCCAUGGACCAUAUCAAAACAGAGAAACUCAGCUGCAGCAAGGAUGCUUUCAAAUUGAUACAGCAUGCCAAGAUCUGUACUGAUCCUUCCAAAAAGGCUGUAGAGGGUCUACUUAUGGAUGAGUUGACGCCGUGUCAGAAUGGUCUUGUCUUCUCGCGACCAUCUCCACUUAUCCUCUCCGAUGCCGACGAUGCAUAUCAUAGAAGCCCUUCGCCAGUUGCAGAGUUGCAGAUGCUACCAAGUCUCACUUCGCCGCAUUGCCUCCCCGAUCAUAGCACACAAAGAGGUCAAUCAGGAACUCUGAAGGAUAGAGAGUGUGACCGCAGCCAGGACCCACGAAACAAUAUGCUGUCAUAUCUCUCCAGUGACAAUGACAAGGAUAUUUCAGGCUGUGUUGAGCUAGAAGAUGACCUAAAUGAAUCCUUGGGUUGCAACAAUCUCCGUGGAACUAGUUCGUCUGGUCAGACUUCGCCGGGCUUUGACCAGAAUUUAGCUAUCAACACGCAGACUGUCCCUGACUUUUCCACCCAUGCCGGCAUUCUUGUGCCGCCAGUUAACGGAAGCGCACUUGACAUCGAUGUGCGGUCGUGUGCAUCAUUCAGUCGUCAAUCCAGAGCAGACAGUUCUCCCGAAGAGAAUGUCAGCGAAACCCAUAUAGAUGCCAUCAUUUCCACUGGAUGCACUGCCAUUGCCUCGGCUACGAACGACAAAUCGACAAUGGAUGGGAAAGGCGGUUCAAAAUCCCCCGAGUAUUUGUUUCCCGAACAGACAGGCGAGAAUAAGAUCUCCCCCUCCAGUACCGGUUACUUCUCUUGCCCUAUAGAUGAACCGAUCAUCGUCUCGGAUGCCGUACAUGCAAUAUCACCACUUCGACCGAGUCACGAAUUACAGGAGAUUGAAACAAACGCCGAUGAACCAUCUUUGAGCAACGGGGAGCAGAAGUCAGCGUCUCAGGGAAUGAGUCUUCAAUCGAAGUAUAAAGGCUUUCCGAAUCAUGCAUCGCUUCUUCCUUUGAAAAGGGAACGAAGCACAAGUCGGGAAAGUUUCCAGCUAAAGAACAAACAAAUUUCUCAAAGAAAGAAGUCUCAGGAAGAGAAAACACCAGGCCUAAAAGCCCACUUGCCACUGUCAGCCUCGCUGGGCUCACUGUCAUCAUUCAUGGAAAUCAGAGGCCGAAUCAAAAGUGGACGUCCGAUUGUGGCCAUAAGCCAAUACUUUCCUGCAUCCCAGCCGAUCGACAAGGUUGGACAGCGUGAUUCUACUGGAAUUACCGACAGCAUCAUGGUUAUACCAGCCACAUUCGCAGACAGAGCCCCGCGGAUCCAACGCAAGGUCUCCCAACCAUCGUACCUUUACGUCUCAACUGCGCUCCUUAAAACACACCUCAAUAUCAUACGGUGCAUUGAAAAGACACAAAGCGCCCUUACCAUUGUAUACAGAGACUACGGCACCACAGUGGGAGAAUUCCCAUCCAUAUGCAACCCCAGAAAUAUAGCCCUUCAGCCAGAUACAAGACACACCCUUCCAAACGAAGCAGAUAUCAUAGUCUCACCAACAACUGGAGUCAUUCUCACAACAUCUCAAGCAAUCACCCAGUUAUACCUCCCAGGACACAAGUCCAAAAAUCCCAAAACAACCGAUCUCAAAUGGAUAGACUCACCACUCCGCGAGCAGAUCUUCCUCCUUGCACGGCGAUACGAGUACCUCUAUCUAUUCGUUUCUCACGGAGCUGUUUCAAGAAAAGGCUCACAGGAAGGAAAUAUAGGUCUGACGUGGACAGCGGAUAAACGGACAUUGGCCUCUUUCGCUUCCUUGCUGGCUUUCUGCACUUCUACAAGUGACUGUGCAACGAUCGUCCCGCUUUGGGUGCCCUCAUCGCCGGAGGCACUGGCAAAAUGGAUUCUUUCAAUAUCUGAUAAGCAUGCUGUUGAGCUGCCUUUGGUAAAUGUCCCAACUCCACAGCAAACUGGGUUCACGCCGGUGAAUCCGAAGCCACAGUCCCAGGUUCCCAGAGCAGAACAUGGCAGUAUUGAGGAGACGAAUUGGGAGCAUUUCCUGAGACGAGCGGGGCUGAACCCGUAUGCUGCCCAGGCUGUGCUUUCUAUACUAAACAGAGAAGAGAGAAUCAUGAAGGCUGAGGGCGAUGGAUCCAGCCAAAAGCAGGGGAAAUUCGGAUCUCUUUCCAUAUUCAUGGCCAUGUCUUCUGAGCGUCGACAAGAGCUGUUCGGGGAAUUGAUAGGAGAGAAGUUGAUCAGUCGGGUCAGUCUAGUGAUAGACAAGGACUGGCAAUGCGACUGGGCGCUGAAUUUCAAUGAAUCUGCUAAACUUGAAAUUUACUGA